UUAUAUAUAAUUGUUUUGUUCUUUUUAAUCGUAACCUUCACCUGUAAGGAUAGCCAAGCGGGACGAACGAGUGGAAGAACAAGUGGAUAUAAUUCUCGGCGUCACUACUAUGGUUCUCAAGCACCACAACAGCCUCCAACUCAAACACCAGCCCUAACGCCAAAAGAGUAUUUGGACAAAAAGUCUGGGUUUUCUACAUUUGGUAUUAUUUCCAUAAUCUUUGUUAUCAUCAUGGGUUGUUUAGCUUUUUAUUACGGCAUCAUGUGUUAUCCAGUAUUAUGUCGCGAUGAAAAAAAAUAUCGCUUUAUGGAUGUUAGUUCCACCAUAACGGCGGAUACAGCACGAUCUAUACAAUCAAUAGAUCAAUAUCCCGAUGAUCAAAAAAAUAUGGAACAGAAAAACAAUUUUUAAGUAAGACUUGAUAUAUUAUAUAUUUUUACACGAAAACCUCAUUUAGGUUUAUUCCAAUGCAAUGCAAUUUAAACCUUUAAAGAGGUUUCAUAAUACUAAGCAAACGUUUAAUACUCAUUCCUUACUAUUGUUUUUCUUCUUCGUUACGUGGAUUUCAUUUUAAAUGCUAUUUAAUCUUUUGCCCUUUUUCUGUCAUAGUGUAAAUCACUUCAUUCACCUUUGCAUUUGUUUGUAAAUUAGUUUGCUAAACAUGUGCUUGCGUUUAUAAGUAUGCGUUGGUUCAGUUUUCUGCAAUUUUUGUUUUUGUUGUUCCUACAUUAUUUUCCAUUCUUAUUAUCAUACGUUAUUGUCGGGCUUGCUUUAAUUUUUUAUGCGUGUGAGUUCAAUUCAAUUUCCUCUUCAAUUUAAAUCAGAAAUUCUUGUAUCUUUGUGCAUAGGCCUUUAAGCAAAGCGAAGAAGAAGAACAUGAUAAACAAAACCAGACUAGCAUAAUUAUUAUUAUUUUUUCUUUUUUACCUGAAAUACAUCAUUAUCGAAUAUCCGCUAGAAGGCAGAAAAAUAUGGAAAAUUUUUUAAGAGAUUUUAAUCUGCAUUUUAAUUUUUAAGACAAUACAACGUGCGUUUUUAAGAUAUUUUUUCACCGUAACUA